AUGUCUAAGGAAUUCACCUACCAGGAUGUUGCUGAGCACAACACCAAGAAGGACAUGUACCUUGUUGUGCACGACAAGGUCUACGACUGCGGUAAAUUCGUGGACGAGCACCCCGGUGGUGAGGAGGUGAUGCUCGACGUUGCUGGACAGGAUGCCACCGAGGCAUUCGAGGAUGUUGGCCACAGUGACGAGGCUCGCGAGACCCUGGAUGCGCUUCUCGUCGGUACUCUGAAGCGUGCGCCCGGCGACCCUGCCCCCAAGAGCCCCGCCACCAACGCCUCGGCUUCCAACUCCAAGAGCGAUCAGGUCGGCACUGGCAUUGGCGUCUACGCCGCCAUCCUCAUCGGUGGUGUUGGUGCCUACUUCGCCUACAACUACAUGCAGCAGCAGCAGGCUCAGCAGUCGUAA